AUGGCGGAAGCUCUGGGUCUUGCAUCGGGCGUCAUCGCCGUGGUCGACAUCACUGUCAAAGCAGGCAGCACCUACGUGAAGCUCACGAGGCUCUGGGACGAAGUCAAGCAAGUCCCCGAAACCCUGCGAGCCCAAACCGAGGAGAUCAGAGAUCUCGAAGACUAUCCCCUCGACGUCGAAACCGACUUCGUGACCAGUCCGCUCCCGGAAUUCGCACCAAGCCGUACCCUGCUGGAAAGGCACAUCACGAAAUGUCGCUUUGCUCUAGAUGAGUUGAAAGACGCAGUGGACGACGUCUACGUACAGGUCACCAACACGCGAGGUUUCAGAAGCAAAAUAGCAGCUACGAAGGCUGCCUUGCGCAAGGAUGACCUCAAAAUCCUCAGGUCGAAGUUCGACCGGGCCUUGAAGUUAUUUCAGUUGGCUCAAGCUCAAGAGCGACGCUGGAUGUGA